AUGGUUUACUCCCCCACAUUCCUCACCUUUCACUUUUUCUAUCUCACUUGGUUUUUCCUAUGUACAUUGCAAGAGAAAAGGAAAGAAAAAGAAGUGGUGAUAGCUACAAUAGAUAAACACCAUUUUUCUCCUCUCUGUUUUUCGUCCUCUUUCUUCCGCCAUAUCUCCAUAUUAUUUUAUCACACCUCUUUUAUUUACUUCUCUAUUCCUAUUUGCGUUCCUACUCGCUCAAACAUUUUGUCGUUUUCAUAUGUACGGAAACCUUAUCUGCAGUUUCCAGCUCCUCUUCCGUUUACCUUAAACCUUUGCUAUUCCCUACAAUUCUUCUCUCCCCAAAUUUGCAAUAUAUUUUCCUUCUCCUUCAAUUGCUUCUCUGUCGCACUUUUCGCUAAGCGUUUUGCCCAUCACACCAGUUCUUUUUGUUUCAUCAAUUUUCCCGAAAUAGUUUUCUCUUUCACGAUAUUUUUUCUCUUCAACUGUUUUUGUUUUGCUCUCCCCUACGAAUUAUUCACUCCCCGACUGUUCAUUAAACUUUUUCCUUCCCCCAAUUCUUUUCUUCCAUACUUUUCUUUAUUUUUUCCGUUCCGUACAGUUCUUCCGAUCCUGACUUGGUUUACGACUCCCUCUAAUUCUUCUCUCCACGAAUGUUAA